CUCGGCGAACCCAGCGGUUGCGGGUGCAAGGGCAUCCGCUCUUGCCUGCUCUGCGAGGCCGCCCCGCCCCCGCAGAAAAGAGCAAACUUUGUUUACUGCCCAUUGACCGGCUUUGCUGUGGGAGAGAAACAAUCAGAAUUUGAAGGAUGGGCUUUCGAGUUUCCAGGAGUUUUUUUGCUGGAAGACUUUAUAAACACAGAUGAGGAAUAUCAAAUGGUUGAGCUAAUGGAUCAAAGCAUAUGGAAGCCAUCACAAUCUGGCCGAAGAAAACAGGACUAUGGCCCCAAAGUGAACUUUAAGAAGCAAAAAAUGAAAGCUGGUAAUUUUUCUGGGUUGCCCAGCUUCAGCAAGGAGAUCGUGGCACGGAUGCAAAAAUAUCCAAUUCUUGAAAGUUUUUCUCCUGUUGAGCAGUGCAAUUUAGAUUAUGACCCUGAGAGAGGAUCUGCUAUUGACCCACAUUGGGAUGACUGGUGGCUAUGGGGGGAACGACUGGUGAGCUUAAACUUGCUCUCAGAUACUGUACUUUCCAUGUCCUGCGACUCAGAGGACAGUCUCCACUUAUUUCCUCUAGUUCUUCAAGAAAACAAGCAGAUGCACAGGUAUAAAUCUCCUGAUAUUUCUCAAGAGUAUCAUCAGAUGGAUGAUUGUAGUCUUCUAGAAAGACUAGAAAGCACUGAAUAUUCAUCCACAAAGUUAGUCCGACUCAGAGAAAUCCUUGUUGCUAUUUACCUACCUCAGAGAUCACUAGUCGUUCUCAGUGGACCUGCUCGCUACCGGUGGAAGCAUGCCAUUUAUCGCAACCAUAUUAAAAGUCGUCGCGUAUGUAUCACCUUCAGAGAAUUGACUGCUGAGUUUAGUCUCGGAGGAGAACAGGCAGAACUGGGUAAAAAUCUCUUGGACAUUGCUCUAACAUUCAAGGGAUCACCUGUAUAAACCCCAAGAGAAAAGCACUGUGGCUUUUCUUUGGCUGCUGGAUAUCAAUGUUCAGGGCUUUCAUAAACCUCCUUCCUUUUU